CGUGGGCGGGGCCUCGUGGGCGGGGCGGGGCACAGUCUCCUUCCGGCGCGCCCGCCUCCCCGCCCCGCCCCUUCCUGUCCCCGGGAGCGGAGAUGCUGUUGGUGCUGUCGGAGGAGCAGAAGGCGCACCUGGGCUGCCUGCCCCGGGUGGGCGGUGCAGCCGUCGCAGAGCUGGGGCACCUGGCGGUGGAGCUGCUGCGGCGCGGCGCCGCGCCCAAGGCCUGCGAGGCAGCCGCCAGAAAACUCAAUGCUGGCGUUGACACCGUGCAGCACGGGGUGGAGGGACUGAUGUACCUUCUUACAGAAAGCUCCAAGCUCAUGAUUUCUGAGAUGGACUUCCAAGAUUCCAUUCAUGUUUUGGGAUUCUCAGAUGAAUUGAACAAAUUACUGCUUCAGCUUUACCUUGAUAACAGGAAGGAGAUCAGAAGCAUUCUUGGCGAGCUGGCACCAAAGCUUCCCAGCUAUCAUAGCCUUGAAUGGAGACUAGAUGUGCAGCUUGCGAGCAGAAGUCUGAGGCAACAAAUUAAGCCUGCGGUGACUAUGAAGCUACAUCUUAAUGAGAAUGAAGAUCUAACUACCCAAGUGUUACAAACUGACCCUUCUACCCUCCUCCACCUAAUUCAGCAAUUGGAACAAGCCUUGGGGGAAAUGAAGACAAACCAUUGCAGGAGAAUAGCACGAAACAUGAAAUAGAAUUCAUUCAAGACUGUUGUCGUAGCAGGCGGUCAAUGUUCACUAACACUUGUCAAGAAAAAUAAGCAUCUGGAUCAGAUGUAAUGCUUUCCUGGGCCAGGAUCUUGAGUCAGUUAUUAUAGGCUGAACACUCUCUGGUGCUAACCUUAAACACCUGCCUGAUACAAGAUGGGUAAUUGCUUUUACUUUACUUACAUAUGUAGAAAUUCAGUAUGCUAUACUGAGACUUUCUCUAGCUCUAAAUUAGUAUAGUUCUACUUUAAGAGCUUUUCUACAUAAGUAAAGCUGUCUCAGUAUUAGAGGAGAUGAUUGUGCACGUUUUUACUUUUAUUAAGCAGAUUUUUCUGUUUUUUUGCCUCUGUUUUGAAAUAAAAAUACCUACUGAAUACCUACA